UUCUACAAAGACGGCGUCGAAAUCAAGAGCUCCGAACGGAUACUCAUCGUUAAGGAAUCCGAGGAGAUAUACAAGAUAACAAUCAAGGAUGCCAAGCUUACGGACUCCGGAUCUUAUUCUGUGGUCGCUAAGAACGAGGUGAACCAAUGCUCAGACUUCUGGCAGUGGCACGUGACGACCCCGCCCAAGGUGAUCAAGAAGAUGGGCGAGUCGAAGGUCUGCGAACAGAAGGAGACCGUCACCUUCAACAUCGAGACGGAAUCCGAGCCUGCACCCACUGUGAAAUGGUUCAAGAACAAGACGGAGUUGACGGAAUCAUCAACGAUCAAGAUCUCCUCGUCUGGGUCGGCUCACUCGCUUGUCAUCACUUCAGCAGCACGAGCUGAUGCUGGAGAAUACUCCUGUGAGGUGCGUAACGUGCACGGCUCGGCGUCGGACUCGUGCGUGCUGCACGUGCGCAGCGCGCCCACCUUCACGCAGCGGCUCCAGGACCAGCUCGCCAGCGCCGGCGACACGCACGUCGAGUUCAGCGUCGCCGUCGACGCAUACCCGGAGCCCAGCGUCAAGUGGUACCUCGGCGACGUGGAGAUCACGGAAAAGAAAUCUGUGUUUACUCGCGUGGACUCGGGCAACAGUCACAAGCUGAUCCUGAAGGAAGUCUCCGCGGAGUACUCCGGCCAGUACUCGUGCAAGGUCUCCAACGAACUCGGCGAGGACAGCUGCCAGGCCACGUUUACCGUCAACAGGAAACCGCGUUUCACCAAAAGCUUGGUGGACAUGACCGUUGAUGCUGGCCAGACCCUCAAGCUGGACGUGGAGGUUGAAGGAUGUCCCGAGCCUAAGGUCAAGUGGUUCAAGGAUGGCAAAGAAGUCACUACAGAUGCUAGGAUCAGGAUAGAAAGAGAUACAAAGAGAUUGGAGAACUAUCACCUUACAGUAACUCUGGUGAAGGAGGAAGAUGGAGGAGAGUACGAGGUCAGGGCUGAAAAUGAGAUGGGUAGCGUCUCCUCUAAGAGUACUGUCACCGUCCACACGAGAGAAGUACAUACGAGAAUCAGCAAGGAAGAAAUUGAAAGUGAACUUGAUACGGCCAAAAAACCAGUGGAGAAUGAUGUGGAUGUAGUAGAAAAACAAAAAGCGAAGAAGGCUAAAGCCGAAGUUAUAGAAGAAAAAUCUAUAUGGGAUGACGACGAAGAAGCUGCAUCUAAGAAAAAAGUCGUUGACGAAGUUGAUAAACCUAAUUCAUAUAAAGCACAGAAAUCGGUCACUGAACCAGAGGAAGCCGAAGAAAAGUCUUUCUGGGACGAUGUACAAGAUGAUGAAAAAGCAAGGAAACCCAAGAUAGAAGAAGUUGAAAAACCUGAAAACAAAAAAGCAAGAAAAUCUAUAUCUGAACCUGAGGUAAUAGAAGAGAAGUCUCUCUGGGAUGACGACAAUAAGGAUGAGAAAUCUAAGAAACCUAUAAUAGAAGAAGUGGAACCUAAGGAAACCACCAAAGCAAAGAAAUCGGCCACCAAGCCUGAAAUGGCCGAAGAAAAAUCAUUUUGGGACGAUGCUGAUGAUGACAUAAAAGUAAAAAAGCAUGAAGUUGAGGAUGUCGAAGGUCCUAAGAGUGACAAAGGGAAAAAGUCUGCAACUCAACUUGAAAAGGCAGAAGAAAAGUCAUUUUGGGACGAUGCUGAUGAUGACGCAAAAGUGAAAAAGCAUAAAGUUGAGGAUAUCGAAGGUCCUAAGAGUGACAAAGGGAAAAAAUCUGUAACUAAACCGGAAGAGGCAGAAGAAAAGUCAUUUUGGGAUGAAAAUCAUAACGAGAAAGACAAGAAACCGGUAAUUGAGGAAAUAGUAACGGAAAAGAAAGUUGCCGAUAAAGGUGUUACAAAACCAGAAACAAUUGAAGAAGUUCCAAUUGAUGAAGAAUUGAAAUCUUCCAAACGUAAAUCGAUCAAAAAGGACUCUGUUACAGAAGGACCUUUAAGUGCAGAUAUUGAAGGACGAGUUUUCGAAACAGUUACGACGUUCAAGACAGGUGACGACGGGUCUAUAGUAAUGUCCAAAGUAAGCAGUUCUCGGUCUCAUGGCGCUAUAAUUACAGCACCCCCCACCCUCAAAGAAAGUUCGCUGAAGGACGGUCAUGUGUACGAGUCGCUUCCCCUAGUUUACACUGUCCAGGCUUCUGGCACGCCGAAGCCGACGGUCCGCUGGCUUCACGACGGCAAGGAGGUGAAGUCCAACGCGAGGAUCCACGUCACCAAUGACGGAGAUGUUUACAAACUGGAGAUUGAUAAGGUGGAUCUGAAGGAUGCCGGUCAAUGGCAAGUCGAGAUCGGUAAUGAUCUUGGCAAGAAUGUGUUGAAGGCUGAGCUGUCUGUUUCACCGGAGAGCGAGCUGCGCAAGCCGAAGUUCACGCAGCCGCUGGAGGCGCAGCGCGUGCUGCAGCGCGAGCCCGUGCAGCUGCGCGCGGUGUGCACGGCCGACCCGCAGCCGCACGUGGCCUGGCUCCUCAACGGCGCCGAGCUCACCCCCGACGCCACCAUACUCACCUCCGCCGAGACCAAGGACAUCGAACACGGACUCAAAGAGUGCACCUUCACGCUGCAGAUACCUACUGGGCGUCACGCCGACACCGGUGAGUACACGAUCCAGGCUAAGAACAAGUACGGUGUGGGCGAGAGCUCCGCGCGACUCGACAUCCUGCUGCGGCCCGAGAUCGAGGGCUUGAAGGACGUCACUGCUGUGCCUUAUGAAGAGACCACCUUCAUCGCCAAUGUCCGUGCCAACCCUAUCGCUGAGAUUCAAUGGAGUAAAGACGGCUAUGUGAUCAAGCCGACGGCUCACUACGAGAUCAUCGAAGAUAAGGCCGCGGAGAAGUAUCAGCUGAUAGUGAAGAAAGUCGGUGUCGAUGACGCAGGAGUCUACACGCUGACGGCCAAGAACGAGGUCGGAGAGACCUCACAGCAAGCCAAGCUUACCGUGCAUACCGGUGACCCAGUGUUCACAAAACCGCUACAAAAGCAAACCGUGAAAGACUACGACGACUGUACCCUGAAGGUGCGCUGCGACGGCGAGCCCAAGCCCGAGGUCCACUGGUACCUCAACGGCAAGGAGAUCUCCUCCGACGAACGACGCACCAUCACCACGCAGGUCGGAGGGCAGGUAGACAGCGAGCUGGAGAUCAAACAUUUCAACGCUAGUGAUGCUGGCAAGUACAAGGUCCGCGCAGUGAACUUGGCCGGCGAGGCGGAGUGCGAGGCGCCGGUGUCGCUGGCGCAGGCGGCGCCGGGCUUCACGCACAAGCUCGAGCGGCAGAAGGACGUGGACGAGGGCGAGCCGCUCGAACUCAAGGCCAAGGUCGACGGCAGCCCCAUACCCACUGCCAAAUGGUACAAGGACGGCGCGCCGCUGUCGCCCGAGGACGCGCGCGUGCAGCAAGUGUCGCUGCCGGACGGCACGGUGAAGCUGAGCAUCGAGCGCGUGACGCCGGCCGACUGCGGCGCCUACAAGCUCGUCAUCUCCAACCCGCACGGCGACCACUCCGCACUCUGUGCUGUUGCUGUUAACCCUACUCCGAGGAAACCAUCGUUCAGCCAAGAGUUGGAAGACGUGAAAGCUGUCGUCGGAAAGCCUUUGAAACUCGAAGCUAGGGUUAUGGCAUUCCCUGCGCCUGAAGUCAAAUGGUUCAAGGAUGGUCUGCCGGUCCGUCCGUCGCAAGCCAUAAACUUCAUCAACCAGCCGGGCGGUAUAAUCGGCCUCAGCAUCGACAGCUGCAAGCCCGAAGACGCCGGCGUCUACUCGCUUACAGUCACCAACAAACUCGGCGAGGUUGCCUCUAAGGCCAAUGUGGAAGUGACGCAAAAGGAACGCAAGCCCGCCUUUAUCGCUGAACUGCAUCCCACGAAAGUCAUCGAAGGAUUCCCCGUCAAGAUGGAAGUCAAAGUUCUCGGACACCCUCCGCCUACCAUCAAAUGGACUCACAACGGCAAAGAGAUAGUCCCGGACGGCACCCGUGUACGUGUAGUGUCCCAACCCGAUGGAUCCCACGCGCUGCUCAUCGACAAGGCGACGCCUGCUGACGCUGGACAAUAUGGAGUGAUCGCUACAAACGACCAGGGCGAGAUGGCCAGCAAUGCUGAACUUAAAGUUGCCAGCCGUCAAGAUGACUCGUCUCCACAAGAGCGUCCCCAGUUCAUCCACGGCCUGCGCGACAUCACGGCCGAGGAGGGACAGCCCUUGUCGGUGACGGCGCCCUUCGUGGGCAACCCUGUGCCUGAAGUCACGUGGACUAAGGACGGACAGCCCCUCAAGCCUAAUGAGAAGAUACUGCUCACUUGCGAUGGAAAGAGGGUGGGUCUAGAGAUAAACCCGGUAGAGAUGCCCGACGCAGGCGUGUACGGCGUGAAGCUCGUGAACCCGCUGGGCGAGGACUCGUCUGAAGGCAAGAUCAACGUACGCAAGGUCUACCAACCGCCUACAUUCGCGCAGAAGUUCACUGAUCUGCAACAGCUCCCGACAUUCGACGCGAAGUUCCCAGCUCGUGUAUUCGGUAUCCCAGCACCUGAGAUCUCGUGGUACAAGAAUGGUCAGCUCCUCCGACCCUCGGAGAAGUACAGCAUCAAGCGCGACGGUGACGCGGCGUGCCUGUACGUGCGGGACCUCGUGGCCGCCGACGCGGGCGCGUACAAGUGCGUCGCCAAGAACAGGGAGGGCGCGGCCGAGUGCGAGGCCAACUUGGAAGUCGUUGAUAAGAUCGCCCGCAAGCAAAAGGUGGAGCCGCCGUCAUUCCUGAAGAAGAUCGGCGAUCUGGAGGUGUUCCGCGGUAUGAGCGCCAAGUUCACGGCCUGCGCCACCGGCACGCCGGAGCCCGACGUGGAGUGGUUCCACAACGACGUGAAGCUGUUCCCCUGCGAGCGCAUCCGCAUGGACAAGGAGUCCACCGGCCUGCUGCGCCUCACCAUCAGCGGCGUCGACGUCAGCGACACCGGCGCCUACCGCUGCAGGAUCUACAACCCGCACGGAGAGGACUCCUGCACCGCACAGCUUACUUAUGAUACCCUGGAGCCUCACACAGGCAAACGUCCUAUCUCGGAUCAAUACUCGGACUUUGACAAGAUGAAGAAGACCGGCAUCCCGAUGCCGCUCGCCGACAGGCCGAUCAUCUCGCGCAUGGCCGACAGACACCUUACUCUCUCUUGGAAACCGUCCAUCCCCCACGGACCGAGGUUCCCCGUCACUUACCAGGUGGAGAUGUGCGAGUUGCCGGACGGUGACUGGUUCACGGCUCGCACCGGCCUGCGCUCCUGCGUGUGCGACAUCCGCAACCUCGAGCCCUUCCGCGACUACAAGUUCCGCAUCCGCGUCGAAAACAAAUACGGCGUCAGCGAUCCCUCGCCCUACGCCAUCACCCAUCGCUCCAAGCUCGAGCCAGAACCGCCCAAAUUCAUCCCCUACCUUGAGCCCGGCAUUGACUUCAGACCAGAGACUUCCCCCUACUUCCCCAAGGACUUCGACAUCGAGCGCCCUCCUCAUGAUGGCUACGCUCAAGCCCCCAGGUUCCUUCGCCAGGAACAUGACUCCCAGUAUGGUGUAAAGGGUCACAAUGUCAACCUCUUCUGGUUCGUGUAUGGUUACCCCAAGCCCAAGAUGACGUACUUCUUCAACGAUGAGCCCAUCGAGAUCGGUGGCAGAUAUGAUUGGAGCUACACCAGGAAUGGACAGGCUACUCUGUUUAUCAAUAAGAUGUUGGAACGCGACGCUGGUUGGUACGAAGCCGUAGCCACCAAUGAGCAUGGACAAGCGAGACAGCGAGUCCGUCUCGAGCUGGCUGAAUACCCCACCUUCAUCAGAAGACCUGAGGAAGCUGUGGUGUUGCAGCGCAAGAACGUACGCAUCGAAGCAAGGGUCACCGGCGUGCCCUAUCCUGAGAUCAAGUGGUACAAGGACUGGCAACCGCUGGCGCCCAGUGCCAGGAUUAAGAUCCAGUUCAUCGAGCCAGACACCACCAUUCUAGUGAUCAACGACGCGAUCCUCAAGGACGAAGGUCUUUACUCCAUCUCCGCUCGUAACGUCGCCGGCUCCGUCAGCUCCUCCGCCAUGCUGCAUGUUGAGGAGAGCGAACAUGAGUAUUCCGACAGGAUCCGCGAACACCCGCCGCGCGUGAAGCCGAGCAACAAGCCGUUCGGCGACUUCUACGACCUCGGCGACGAGCUCGGCCGCGGAGUGCAGGGCGUCGUCUACCACGCCGCGGAGAGGCUCACUGGUCGUAACUACGCCGCCAAGAUCAUGCACGGCAACUCAGACCUAAAACCAUUCAUGAAGAACGAGCUGGACAUCAUGAACUUGCUCAACGACCGCCAUCUCAUCCGCCUGCACGACGCGUACGAACACGACCACACGCUGGCGCUAGUCACCGAGCUAGCGGCUGGCGGCGAGUUGGUCAGGGACCGCCUGCUGAGGUCUACCACCUAUACUGAACGCGACAUCGCUGGAUACAUCAGGCAGCUGCUGAGAGGCUUGAAGUACAUGCACGAUAACAGUGUCGCACAUCUUGGACUUACCAUCGGCGAGCUGCUCCUGUCCCACGCGGGCAGCGACGAGCUGAAGCUCUGCGACUUCGGUCUCUCGCGCCGCAUCCAGUUCAACAAACACGCCGCCCUCGACUACGGCAUGCCCGAGUACGUCGCGCCAGAGGUCGCCUCCGGUGACGGCGUCUCCUUCGGCGCUGACCUCUGGAGCGUCGGCAUCAUCACCUACAUUCUGCUCAGUGGACACUCUCCCUUCCGCGGCCUCAACGACCGCGAGACCCUCACCAGGAUCCGCGAGGGACGCUGGGAGUGGCACGACGAGGAGUGGUGGUCUCGACUCAGUAUUGAAUGCCGCGACUUUAUCUCCAAGCUCCUGGUCUACAACUGGCAUGAGAGGAUGGACGUCAAUACCGCGCUCUCGCACCCAUGGCUGACACUGGCUGACAAGAUCUACCAAGAGGAGUACCAGAUCACAACUGACAGACUCAGGAAUUACUACAAUCUGUACAGGGACUGGACCAGCAACGCUCAGUGCCGCACUUGGUUCCGCCGCAGGCCGCUCAGCGGCGCCUUCGAACAUCCUUCGAAGAUGGUCUACCCGCCCGGAGAAAUCUACACUCCUGAAGGUACUCCAGACCGCGACCGCAGCUCGCGCGAGCGCAAGCCUGCUGAAUGGGACCUCAAGUUCAAGCAGUGGGACCAUCCCGACUGGGAAGUGUCUGCUACAUCUGAGAGCCAUUACCAGAACGGUCCCGACACGUACCUGCUGCAGCUGCGCGACACGCAGUUCCCGGUGCGCCUGCGCGAGUACAUGAAGGUGGCGUGCGACCGCUCGCCCGGCUACAGCCUCAACGUCUUCGACACCUACGACCCCAGGACCCCAAUCAUCCGCGAGCGUCGUCGUUUCACGGACAUAAUGGACGAGGAGAUCGACGACGAACGUCGCGAGAGGAUCAACAACUACGGCACCGAGAGCUACACCAUCCGCAGGCUCAGACACGAGCUUGGAACUCGCCUCGACAGCUACGCAGAGGCGCAGGCGCUCAUGGAGUCCAAAAAGGACGGACAGCUUCCGUUCUUCAGGGAGAAACCUCAGACCUUGCCAGUCAGGGAAGGAGAGCCAGCACAACUAUCCUGUUACGCCGUAGGCGACCCCAAACCCGUCAUCCAGUGGUUCAAGAACGACAUGGUCAUCGCCGAAGGACAAAGAAUCAAAAUUGUAGAAGACGAAGAUGGAAGAUCUACCCUCAAAUUCGAACCGGCGAUGCACCAUGAUGUAGGCUACUAUAAAGUCGUAGCACGAAACAAGGUAGGACAAACGGUAGCUAGAACCAGGGUAGUCGAAGCUACAACUCCCGACGCUCCCGACAGCCCUACUGCAACGGAAAUCUCCGACACCGAAGUGCUGUUGAGAUGGAAGCAACCGAAAUACGACGGAAACUCGCCUGUUGUCUGCUACAGCUUACAAUACAAGGAAGGAGACAGCGUCGAAUGGAAAGACGUUGCUAACAACAUCGACCACGAAUUCUUCGUAAUCAGAGAUCUUCAACCAGACACAAGCUACCAGUUCAGGCUAUCUUCCCGUAACCGCAUCGGAUGGAGCGAUAAAGGAAUACCCACAAAUCUGAUCAAGACGAAAGAAGCCGGCGCUCCCAAAGUCGAAGUCACCAAAGCCAUGAAACACUUACAGCAACUCACAGAAUCCGGACAAGAGAUCGUUCUAGACGAAGACAAACCGAGAUUGGACUACGCGACAGAGGAGAGCCCUGUAGACUGGUACUCGGCGAACACUUUCACAGAGAGGUACAGUUUCAUAUCGGAGUUGUGGCGCGGCAAGUUCUCCAUCGUAGUGAAGGGCGUAGACAAGACCAACGACAACGUCGUCGUUGCUAAGAUCUUAGAGAACCGACCGGAUACAGAAGUUCAGAUCCAGAGAGAGUUUGAAUGCUUAAGGAGGCUCAGGCACGAAAGGAUAUCGAACAUAUUAGGAGCUUACCAGGCGCCAGGCUCGCCAGUUUCCGUCAUCAUCCUGGAGAAGCUGCAAGGCGCUGAUGUCCUCACAUACCUGUCCAGUCGCCAUGAUUACACCGAGCAAAUGGUAGCGACUAUUGUCACACAGAUCCUUGACGGUCUCCAGUACCUCCACUGGCGAGGGUACUGCCAUUUGGACCUUCAGCCUGACAACGUAGUGAUGGCAUCAGUCAGGGCUAUACAGGUCAAACUCGUAGACUUUGGUUCCGCACAUAAAGUCACCAAGCUCGGCACUAGUGUACCACAAGUCGGCGAUUUGGAAUACAAAGCGCCAGAGAUAAUCAACGACGAGCCAGCGUACCCGCAGACGGACAUCUGGUCGCUGGGCGUGCUGACGUACAUCAUGCUGUCGGGCAAGUCGCCCUUCCGCGGCUCCGACGACGCCGAGACCAAGCAGAACAUCUCCUUCGUGCGAUACCGCUUCGAGCAUCUCUACAAGGAGAUCACUCAGGAAGCGACGCGAUUCCUAAUGUUCCUGUUCAAGAAGGUGCCACUAAAGAGGCCCUCGGCCGAGGAGUGCCAUGAACACCGCUGGCUCACGCAGAGCGACUUCAUGAACAAGAAACGCGAACGAGCUGUCUUCCUUGGCAAUAGACUGAAGGAAUUCUCCGACGAGUACCACGAGCGUAAGGCGCGAGAGUCAUCAGCGGCGGACAGCGUGGCGGCCGCCUUCGGACAACUCGCACCACGUCUGCUCACACGCUCCAACAGCAUCCAGGAUGAGCUGCUCACCACCACCACAUUCGCCGCGCUACCACACUGAACCAACACCACCACUCCUGCCUACACCCUUGGAACUAUUGGCAAACCUUGAAUUAUUAGAAUAAUAAUAUUAAUCUACAUUUCAUUACUAUAAUAUUGAUAUUUGGACAAAAAAAAGAAUGACGAUGUCCUAUAAUUAAUUUAGUAUGAAAAUAUGCGCUCGUUUUGUACUUUUUAUAUUUUUUAUCAAUGUGUUUUUGUUCCAAAUAAAUCCCUGCAAUAGUUCCAAGGGUACUACCAUACCAUCGACAUUCAUAUAUCAUGUACAUUUCAACCACAAUCGAAAAGUCUAGUCACAAAA